AUGGCAGACCGCAGAUGGUGUGAUGUCACUGAUAAGAAAUGUCGAGAAGAGAUUAAUCUGCCUAUGAAGGUCACAGAGACCCCCAUAGCAGAGGACGUGGGCGCCAUUGAAGAGAGGGAGCAGCUGCCUCUCAAGUAUGCUGAUUUUCAGACAUUUUACCUGGAACCCCCUCUCUCCCACAUCACCAAGCUCUCCUUGAGACAGCCUGAAAUCUGCUCCUGGGUGCCCCAGACUUCUGCUUCCUUAUAUUUGUCUGAUGCACUCGUCUUCCCCACAGCCCCAGUGAACUGUGGCCUCCAAGACAGCAAUGCCGAGCAGCAGUGUGGCCGUCUGACCAGCAGUGUGUGCAGCUUGGAACCAUUCCCACUGCAGGAUCCUGGAUUAAAACCUAUCUUAAGAAACUCUGCUAGGGGGAACUUGCCCAAGGAGUCGGUAAAGAUCCUCCGGGACUGGCUGUAUCUGCACCGCUACAAUGCCUACCCUUCAGAGCAGGAGAAGCUGAGUCUCUCCGGACAGACCAACCUCUCGGUGCUGCAGAUAUGUAACUGGUUCAUCAAUGCCCGGCGUCGCCUUCUCCCAGACAUGCUUCGGAAGGAUGGCAAAGACCCCAAUCAGUUCACCAUUUCCCGCCGUGGGGGCCAAGGUGAAAAGCCAGCAGCUCCCUACCCACAAGUGGAGCUGGAAUCCCCUAAGGCUCUGGUGACCCCUGGGAGCACGCUCACCCUGCUGACUAGAGCUGAGGCUGGAAGCCCCACAGGUGGACUCUUCAAUACGCCGCCACCCACACCCCCAGAGCAGGACAAGGAAGACUUCAGCAGCUUCCAGUUGCUGGUGGAAGUGGCGCUGCAGAGGGCCGCUGAAAUGGAGCUUCAGAAGCAGCAGGGUCCGGCACCCCCAUUACUACAUGCUUCCCUUCCUCUAGUCUCAGAAAAUGCCAAGUAGGCACCUGCUACCAGGCGGCUUGAGGUUCAAGCCAGCUGUCCCAGGUUCCUGGUUCACUUCCCCUUCAUACAGAGGGCUAUCUAUGGAUCACUGCCAAGCAUCGGGAUCAUCUGUCCAGAGGUCUUCAGCAGAGAGACAGCAGCUGGUGUCUCUGCACUGUUACGGGGCCUGUGCUCUGCUGACUGCAUUCCUUCAAGUUUCCUAUCGGAGGAGACAAAGGCACCAGAGCCAGGCAUGGUGCUGCUGCUGCUUCUCCAGAGAGCCCUGGGACACCUGCACUCCGACCCGCUUUCCUAGGCAGGCUCAGGAAACCUGCCAAGUUCAGACUUGAGCUGGGUCCAAGCUGCCCUUAGGCUGUGCCUCUUUUGGUCAAGCCAGGUGUGCGUGCACAUUCCAGCUUACUCGAAAGAAAAGGCCCAGCAGAUGUCA